GAGUUCCUGGGGAGACGACGUCCUGUCCCCUCGCCUCGGGUGUCCUCUGGGUCCCGUCCGCCCCCCGACCAGCGCGAGGGCCCAUCCCUGGCCCCUCUGUCUGCGCUCGCCGAUCUCCUCGUCACCCCCGACGUGUCGCCUCGGAAACCCUGUGCCCCCUCUUCGCCUCCUGUCACCAUGACAACCAGACCAAACAGCAGCAACCACGGCCCGGACGCCAAGGCUCAGUCCUCGCCUCUGUUGUCCCCGACGACCUGCCAGCGCCUGGUCACCAAGGACGGACGGUGUAACCUGCGCCCCCCCGCGCCCCUCCCCAGGCCCUGGGCCUCUGCCUGCCUGCUGGCCCUGCAGGAUCUGUGGGGCUCCCUGCUCAGCCUGCGCUGGCGCUGGGUCCUGCUGGCCUUCUGUACCUCCUUCCUGGCCCACUGGCUGCUGUUCGCCUGCUUGUGGUACCUGCUGGCUCACCUGAACGGAGACCUGGAGGUGGCGGACCACGACGCUCCGCCCGAGGGCCAUGUAGUGUGUGUCAAACACAUCACCUCCUUCACAGCAGCCUUCUCCUUCUCGCUGGAGACACAGUUAACCAUCGGUUACGGGACCAUGUUUCCCAGUGGAGACUGUCCCAGCGCCAUCGUGCUACUGGCCGUGCAGAUGCUGCUGGGACUCAUGCUGGAGGCCUUCAUCACAGGCGCCUUCGUAGCGAAGAUCGCCCGCCCCCAGAAGCGGGCAGGUGCUAUCCAGUUCAGCCCUCAGGCCGUGGUGGGACAGCACCUGGGCCAGCCCUGCCUCAUGUUCCGCGCCGCCAACCUGCUGCGGCGCCCCCUGGUGCAGGUGAAGGUGAGUGCCGUGCUGUACGAGGAGCGCGACGGCCAGGCCCUGCACCAGACAGCACUAGACUUCCAUCUGGACCAUCUGGGCUCGCAGCCCUGCCCCUUCUUCAUCUUCCCCCUCACCUUCUACCACCUCCUGGAGCGCCCCAGCCCACUGUACCCCGCCCUGCGCCAGGGCCGCGCUGGACACUUCGAGCUGGUGGUCUUCCUCUCUGCGUCCCAGGAGGGCACCGGGGACACCUGCCAGAAGAGGACGUCGUAUCUGCGGCAGGAGAUCCAGCUGGAGCGCUGCUUUGUGCCGGCUGCAGGGCUGGACCGUCUGGGCAGGUACAAGGUGAGCACUCAGCACUUUGACACCACCCACUCUAAAGAGGCCCUGGAUAAGGAGUGUGUGGUGCAGAUCAACGGGGAUGGGAAUGACAGGAUGGAGUAGGGGGGGUAGGGGCAGAGGGAGGGGUA